GGUAGAAUAUUUGGUGUUACCAUGCAAGCAAUAAUAAAAGCUGACCAUGAGAUCAUGUCAGUCGUCUUGCCACUUUUUGUUGUAACCAUGUCAACAAAUGCGAGAGAUAUUCCCGCGAUAAAAAAGGCGGACGGACCAACAGACUAUAGUACUACACCAUCAGGAACAAUGUAUUAUAAUACACCUGGAGGUACAAGAAGAAUAUAUGACCGUGAUACAUUGCUUAAUCUCGCUAAUUCACCUCUCGCUAAAACCCCACCUUCCAAUUUGGCAUACAUUCCUGGUGUCACAAUAAAACCUAGUAGUGGCGUCGUAAAUCAAGUUUCCGGCCAUUUGGCUCCUCCACAAUCUAAAACUGACCCUAAACAGCAACAUGAUUUAUCCACUGGUGCUGAAAGUGACGAAGAGACAACACCUGAACACAAGGAGUCACAUAAUGAUGGUUUAUUUGACAUGGAUUUAGAAUAA